CCAUUCACCAUUCACCAUUCACCUUCUCCCUUCUAUACCUUUCUCCUUAAUUCCCUCUAUUAUUUUCCAAAUCUCUUUUCCUUUAAAACAUGUUAUUAAUAACAAGAAACAAACAUUUUUUAAUUAUAAGUAUUUUUCUCGUAUUAAAUCUUAUUACCAAAUACGUAUAUUGUGAUUGUUUGACCAAUGUAAGUAGAAAGAACUUUCCCAAGAAUUUUGUUUUUGGAACUGCAUCCUCUGCAUAUCAGUAUGAAGGAGCAGUGAAAGAGGACGGUAGGGGACCCAGUGUUUGGGACAAAUUUGCACACCAAUUUGGUAAGGUAAUAGAUUUCAGCAAUGCUGAUGUUGCUGAAGAUCAUUAUCAUCGUUACCUUGAUGAUAUUAAACUUAUGAAGGACAUGGGAGUCAAUGCAUACAGGUUCUCUAUAUCUUGGACUCGAAUUUUCCCAAAUGGAACAGGCCAAAUUAAUCAGGCUGGAGUCGAUCAUUACAACAAUGUUAUCAACGCCUUGCUUGCUAAUGGAAUUCAACCAUGGGUGACUAUGUACCAUUGGGACACUCCUCAAGCCUUGGAAGAUGCAUACAAGAGUUGGCUUAACCCUCAGAUCAUAGAUGAUUUUGGAGCUUAUGCGGAGACUCUAUACGAGAAGUUCGGGGACAGAGUUAAACAUUGGAUUACGUUGAAUGAGCCUCAUACGGUGGCCUUUUCAGGCUACGACAUAGGCAUCUUUGCUCCUGGGCGGUGUUCCAUUCUUCUUCACUUGUUUUGUAGGGCAGGGAACUCUGCUACCGAGCCUUACAUUGCUGCUCACAACUUGCUUCUUGCUCAUGCCACUGCUGCCAAUAUUUAUAGGACAAAAUACCAGAAAAAGCAAGGUGGAUCAAUUGGAGCUUCGUUCGAUGUAAUGUGGUAUGAGCCAGCAACUAACACAACAGGAGACAUUGAAGCAACACAAAGAUCUCAGGAUUUUCAGCUAGGCUGGUUUCUUGACCCACUGAUGUUUGGGGACUAUCCAAGCUCGAUGAGGCAGCGAGUUCGGGAUCGUUUGCCAAAAUUUACAGCAGAACAGACGGCUCUUAUCAAAGGGUCUCUAGAUUUUGUUGGCAUAAAUCAUUAUACAACUUAUUAUGCAAGGAGCAAUAAGACCAACAUUAUUGGUCUUCUGCUCAAUGAUGCACUUGCUGAUUCCGGAACCUUAACUCUUCCAUAUGGUCAUGACGGAAAACCUAUAGGAGAAAGAGCUAAUUCAAUAUGGUUGUACAUUGUACCUCGAGGAAUGAGAGAAUUGAUGAACUAUAUCAAGAACAAAUAUGGAAAUCCCACAGUUUACAUUACUGAAAAUGGCAUGGAUGAUCCAGGGAAUACCCCUUUUAAGUCCUUGAAAGACACUCUCAAAGACGAGAAAAGAAUUCGAUACUAUAGUGGUUAUCUCGAAAAUUUAGCUGCAGCAAUCAAUGAGGAUGGAUGUAAUGUGAAAGGAUACUUUGCAUGGUCAUUACUGGAUAAUUGGGAAUGGGCAGCUGGAUAUACUUCUAGGUUUGGUCUUUAUUAUGUGGAUUACAAGGACAAUCUCAAGAGAUAUCCUAAGGACUCUGUUCAAUGGUUCAAGAAUUUCUUUAAUUCUACUUGUUGAAACACUGCUGUAUAACCAUUCUUUGUCAUUUGAAGAAAAGGAGGACUAUCAAUUUGUAAUAGAAAAAAAAUAGUGUGAUUACAAUAAAAAGGUAUUUGUAUUCAUAUAUUACAUUAUCACCAAAAUUUGGCCGAGGCCGUCUCAAAUUGAGACCAAGAGUAGGCCGGCCCAAUUCAUGCGUGUAACAACAUCACACGUUUUCCUUAGUUUUUUUCAUUUUCUGGGCAUUUAUCAAUUUUGACCUUAAAUGUAUCAAUUUUAACAUAAAGUAAUACUUAUUAAACAUAUC